AUGGUGACCAAGACGGUCGCACCGUACGGCGAGUGGGAAAGUGAAAUCAGUCUCGAGGACGCAACAGCCGGGACAAAGGGAGUAUCAUCUCCCCGCAGCGAUGUCGAAACUGGGCGUGUCUUCUAUCUAGAAGCCAAGCCCGACGGGGCGUCUACCAUCGUCGAGGUGGUCAGGCAGGACGAUGGCUCAUACAAACUCGUCCACGUCCUGCCAGAGCCGCACGGGGUAGGCACCGCCGUGUAUGAAUACGGAGGCGGCGCGUAUGAUGUCCUCCCCUCCUCCGCGAACGCAAAUGCCCCCCAGCGCAUCAUCUUCUCGGACGCACAGGACGGCAAUGCGGUCAAGAUCCUCGACGUCGAUGCUGGGCGCGUCACCACGCUGGUCAGCAACACGCCCUGGCUCCGCUAUGCCGACUUUGGCCCAAGCCGAGACCCAGGCGCCACGGCCAAGUGGGUGCUCGCGGUCGAGGAGGACCACACGCACCCUGCGCCUCAGGACGUGAAGAAUUAUGUCGUUGCUAUUAACAUCGACACAGGCGCAGUGAAGAAGUUGGUGUCUGGUGCCGACUUCUAUACCGGGCCGCGGUAUAGCCACGAUGGCCAAUGGGUUUCGUGGCGCAGGUGGAAUCAUCCCGACAUGGCGUGGACCAGGUCGCAGCUGUGUGUGGCCGAGGUCUUGGAGGUUGAGAAUGGCGCGGAAAUUCAUCCUGAGCACUCGUCAGUCAUCGCUGGAGGUAAGUUUGGAGAGGCCGUGGGCGAUGGCAUGUGGGCGCCGGACGGGGCAGUCUACUUUCCACACGAGGUGGAGGGUAGCGACUGGAGACACCUGUAUAGGUUCUACCCUGGCCAUAAGGACGCGACUGCGGAGAAGCUCAAGCUGAAGGGUCUCGAUGAGGUGGAGGUAGGCGACUGCUCCAUGUCGAUCGAUCAGCGCACAUUCUGUUUUCUUUCUGAAAAUUCGUUGGUCCUCGCGUACAGCAAAUACGCAACCUAUAGCACGAUCCACGUCAACCUCAAGACACUCGAAGUGACGCCCCUGGACGUCCCGCUCGUCGAGACGCGCCGUGACCCCAUCGCAGCCGUGACCUCGAACUCUUUCGUCGUCAUUGGUGCUGGUAUCACGAGGUCGCUGGGCGUCUAUGUCUUUUCUCUGGACGAUCAGAUUAAAGCUACCAUGGUGCAAGUCGCCAAGGCCUCGAGCAAGGAAUUUUCAGACAAGAUCUUCUCUCGUCCUGAGCACAUCCACUUCACCUCCAAGAAGGACCCCAAGCGCCCCAUCCACGGCUUCUACUGGCCUCCUCACAACCCCAAUUUCACCGCACCCGAGGGAACACUCCCGCCCUUGCUCAUCAUGCCCCACGGCGGACCGACAGGCCAUACCUGCCCGGGUCUCCAGGUCGGGACCCUGCCCGGCACCAACUUCCAGCUCUACACGAGCCGCGGCUUUGCCUACUUCUCCAUCAACUACACGGGCAGCUCGGGCCACGGGAAAGCCUACCGCCAGCGGCUGGACGCGCAGUGGGGGAUUCUGGACCGUGACGAUGUAGUCGAGAGUGUGGACUAUCUCUCCAGCACGGGGCGGGCCGAUAGGGCUCGGGUUGGGAUUCAUGGGGGCAGCGCCGGUGGGUAUAAUGUCCUGCAGAGCCUCGUCUGGUAUCCUGAUGUCUUUGCGGCGGGCGCGUGCUACUGUGGCAUCUCGGACGUGCAGACAAUGCGCGAGGGCACGCACAAGCUGGAGUCACGCUACCUCGACGGCUUGUUCUAUGCGCCGGGGCUGAGCGAUGAGGAGAAGGAGAAGGUGAACUACGAGAGGAGCCCGCUGAACCAUGCUGAGAGGAUUACCUCGCCGCUGCUGCUCAUCCAUGGAGAUAAGGACACGGUCGUGCCGGUGCAGCAGAGCUACGACAUCGAGAAGAAGGUGAGAGAAAACGGUGGGGACGUGGAGCUGUUGGUUGCUCCUGGGGAAGGACACAUGUUCAAGAAGAAGGCUAGUCUGGAGAUGGCGUUGAAGAGUGAAUUUGCGUGGUUCAUGAGGACUCUGGUCAGGAAGUAA